UGUGCAGCCUGCCUAGCGUUCCUGUAGGUGGUUAUUUCGGGGACGGACUGACUACGGGAGCCCAGCCGGAUCUUGCGGAAGUCCAUGCGCCAUUGGGAGGGACUCGGCGGCUGCUCUAUGCCCUUGUUGCUGAGGGCCGCUUCCUGGGUCAUUGCUGGAGCAGGAGUCGGAGUGGGGCCGACACGGGGCUCCCCCGUGGCCGUCUCGGCGCCUGUGUGUGGUCUGCGCUGGCGGGAUGUGGCGAGCAGGUCGGGCUGCCCUGGCCUGUGAAGUCUGCCAAUCCUUAGUGAAGCACAGCUCUGGAGUACAAAGAAACGUACCGCUCCAAAAACUGCAUCUGGUUUCCCGAAGUAUUUAUCGUUCACAUCAUCCUGCCCUCAAGCUUCAAAGACCCCAAUUAAGGACAUCUUUUCAGCAAUUCUCUUCUCUAACUAACCUUUCUUUACAUAAAUUGAAACUUUCUCCAACUAAAUAUGGCUACCAACCCCGCAGGAACUUUUGGCCAGCAAGGUUAGCUGCAAGGCUCUUAAAACUUCGAUAUAUUAUACUGGGAUCUGCUGUUGGAGGUGGCUAUACAGCCAAAAAAACCUUCGAUGAAUGGAAAGAUAUGAUACCAGACCUUAGUGACUAUAAGUGGAUUGUGCCUGACUUUAUAUGGGAAAUUGAUGAGUAUAUUGAUUUGGAGAAAAUCAGAAAAGCCCUUCCCAGUUCAGAAGACCUCGCCAAUUUCGCUCCUGACCUGGACAAGAUCGCCGAAAGCCUCAGCUUGUUGAAGGAUUUCUUCACUGCGGGUCCCAAAUUGGUUAGUGAAGUCAUAGAAGCUUCUGAGCCACUUCUCUUGUUAGGUACACCUGGAGAAACAGCAUUUAGAGCAACAGAUCAUGGAUCCGAAAGUGACAAGCACUAUAGGAAGGGUCUGCUUGGUGAGCUCAUUCUCUUACAACAGCAAAUCCAAGAGCACGAAGAGGAAGCCCGCAGAGCCGCUGGCCAGUAUAGCACGAGCUAUGCUCAACAGAAGCGCAAGGUGUCAGACAAAGAAAAGAUUGACCAACUUCAGGAAGAACUUCUGCAUACUCAGUUAAAGUAUCAGAGGAUCCUGGAGCGUUUGGAGAAGGAGAACAAAGAGUUGAGGAAGUUGGUGCUGCAGAAGGAUGACAAAGGCAUCCACCACAGGAAGCUCAAGAAAUCUCUGAUCGAUAUGUAUUCUGAAGUUCUUGAUGUCCUUUCUGACUAUGAUGCCAGCUACAAUACCCAAGAUCAUCUGCCACGGGUUGUUGUGGUUGGAGAUCAGAGUGCUGGAAAAACAAGUGUUCUGGAAAUGAUUGCUCAAGCACGAAUAUUCCCACGAGGAUCCGGUGAGAUGAUGACGCGCUCUCCAGUGAAGGUGACUCUCAGUGAAGGCCCUCACCACGUGGCCUUGUUUAAAGACAGCUCCCGGGAGUUUGACCUCACCAAGGAGGAAGAUCUUGCAGCGUUAAGACAUGAAAUUGAACUCCGGAUGAGAAAAAAUGUGAAAGAAGGUUGUACUGUUAGCCCUGAGACCAUAUCUUUAAAUGUCAAAGGCCCUGGGCUGCAGAGGAUGGUGCUGGUGGACUUGCCUGGUGUUAUCAACACUGUGACAUCAGGCAUGGCUCCCGACACAAAGGAAACUAUUUUCAGUAUCAGCAAAGCUUACAUGCAGAAUCCUAACGCCAUCAUCCUGUGCAUUCAAGAUGGAUCUGUAGAUGCCGAGCGCAGUAUUGUUACAGACUUGGUCAGUCAAAUGGAUCCGCAUGGAAGAAGAACCAUAUUUGUUUUGACCAAAGUAGACCUGGCAGAAAAAAAUGUAGCCAGUCCAAGCAGAAUACAACAGAUAAUUGAAGGCAAGCUCUUCCCAAUGAAAGCUCUGGGUUAUUUUGCUGUCGUAACAGGAAAAGGAAACAGCUCUGAAAGCAUUGAAGCUAUAAGAGAAUAUGAAGAGGAAUUUUUUCAGAAUUCAAAACUGCUAAAGACAAGCAUGCUAAAGGCACACCAGGUGACCACGAGAAAUCUAAGCCUUGCCGUGUCAGACUGCUUUUGGAAAAUGGUUCGAGAGUCGGUUGAACAACAGGCUGAUAGUUUUAAAGCGACUCGCUUCAACCUGGAGACAGAGUGGAAGAACAACUACCCCCGCCUGCGGGAGCUCGACAGGAAUGAACUAUUUGAAAAGGCUAAAAAUGAGAUCCUCGAUGAAGUCAUCAGUCUGAGCCAGGUUACUCCAAAGCACUGGGAGGAGAUCCUUCAGCAGUCCCUGUGGGAACGAGUGUCAACGCAUGUGAUCGAGAACAUCUACCUCCCAGCUGCCCAGACCAUGAACUCAGGAACAUUCAACACCACAGUGGACAUCAAGCUUAAACAGUGGACUGACAAGCAGCUUCCUAAUAAAGCAGUCGAGGUUGCUUGGGAGACCCUACAAGACGAAUUUUCCCGCUUCAUGACAGAACCCAAAGGAAAGGAACACGAUGACAUAUUUGACAAACUUAAGGAGGCUGUGAAGGAGGAGAGUAUCAAGCGGCACAAAUGGAACGACUUCGCAGAAGACAGCUUGAGGGUCAUCCAGCACAACGCUCUGGAGGACCGGUCCAUAUCAGAUAAGCAACAGUGGGACGCAGCCAUCUACUUCAUGGAAGAGGCACUUCAAGGUCGUCUCAAGGAUACUGAAAAUGCUAUUGAAAACAUGAUCGGGCCAGACUGGAAAAAGAGGUGGAUAUACUGGAAGAAUCGGACCCAAGAGCAGUGUGUUCACAAUGAAACCAAGAAUGAAUUGGAAAAGAUGCUGAAGGUUAAUGAUGAACACCCAGCUUAUCUUGCAAGUGAUGAGAUUACCACAGUCCGGAAGAACCUGGAAUCUCGAGGAGUCGAAGUCGAUCCAAGCCUGAUUAAGGAUACUUGGCAUCAAGUCUAUAGAAGACAUUUCCUAAAAACAGCUCUAAAUCACUGUAACCUUUGUCGGAGAGGUUUUUAUUACUACCAGAGGCAUUUUAUAGACUCUGAGCUGGAGUGCAACGACGUGGUCCUGUUCUGGCGAAUACAGCGCAUGCUCGCUAUCACUGCCAACACGCUGAGGCAGCAGCUGACAAACACCGAAGUUAGGCGGCUAGAGAAAAACGUUAAAGAGGUAUUAGAAGAUUUUGCUGAAGACGGCGAGAAGAAGGUUAAAUUGCUUACUGGCAAACGAGUUCAGCUGGCAGAAGAUCUCAAGAAAGUUAGAGAAAUUCAAGAAAAACUUGAUGCUUUCAUUGAAGCUCUUCACCAGGAGAAGUAGACGGUGUCAAAAUCCUGCUCAUGUUAACACCUCUGCAUACAUUUGAAGAACGAAAACUUCAGAGUCUUGUCCUGCCUCCUUUUCUCCUGUUCUACCCUUUUCAGUGCAAAAUAAAGUCAUAGGGUAAAAGUAAUGUAUGUGUGGUACAGGCACUUAACCCGCAGCUGCCGUGUGAGCAGAAGAACACUGGAAAUGGCAUCUACCUUCUGUGUGCUUGUGCUGACAGGAAACACUGGGAAAACAUAGUUGGCCUUGAGGCUUAGUCCUCAAAGAUAAGGAGGUGGCUCUCUCGGGCCUUAUCUGUGGUGGCACUAAUGCGACUCGUUAUGGGUGUUAUCAGACAUUUAGUGGUAGUUGCUUUGGAAUAAAAUGGUACUAUUUUAAAAGGCAUCACUUGUAUAUGACAAGACCACGGUACUGCUAAGCUGUCGUGUCUAUGGUGUUCUGUAUCCAGGAACGCUUUGGCUGUCGUAAUUCAGUUUGUGUUGACCACCUGAAGAAAGCUGGUUUAUAACAGAAUGCUUCAGGUGGGUUAGCUUGGGUUGGACAGGCCAGUGUACAUUCAGUGAAAAAAAUCCCCCGUCCAUUGCCAGCUUAGACACUCGCCCUGGAAGCCAGCCGCAGCAGCGUACAGUUAACUGCUGCUUUUACACUCUGUAUCCAUUUGCAAUUAGUUUGUUUUGAACAUUGUGUGCUCUUGGUCAGACUUUCUGGAACACUAGGUCUCCUGUUGACACAGCCAUUGGAUUAUGACACACAGUGCAGAAGACUAAAGGUCACCAGUUGUUGGAUUUUCUGUAGUGCGCUAUCAAAUGUCUGCACUAGGCAUCAGGGAGAGGCCACACACAGCCCUCAAGCACUAUUUUAGAUAAAAAUGGUUCUAACCAGUGGGAGAAUGUUCACCCAUCCCCUCUUAUGGCUGAAAAUUCUGUUUAAUCCAUUGCAGUUCAGUUAUUGUAAUAACUUCAUAGUAUUUUUGUGUGCUUUAUAUAAAAUUAUAUUUAUAUUAUAUUUAAAGCAAGCAAAGUGUUUCUCAGUUGCUCCCUCUUUCAUCAAGGCUUUCUGGUUCUGCUAGAAGCGUCCAGUGCUGCAGCUCUUAUUUACACUUAAUUUAUAACCAGAUUCCUUGGGAUUGUUUUUGUUUAUGACUCCCUCAAAAUCUGACAGUGUUUCAGAAACCAUGAAUUCAAUGAGUACUUUAUUUAAAUUAUCAGUAAGACGCUUAGGUAUAAUUCUCGGAGCUACAAGCAGCGUCCCUCAUUCCCUAGGAUGAGUGCUCAAGUUGUUUAGGUGUGGAACAAUGGUGAACAGAAGCUCUGAGAACCCUGCGCUGGUUCACACACCAUUAGGACAUGCUCCUAAGCCGGUGCUUCUCAACCUGUGGGCCAAGAGCACUUGGAGGGCCGCAUGUCAGAUACUAUGAUUUGUAACAGUAGCAGAAUUGCAAUUAUGAAGUAGCAACAAAAUAAUGUUAUGGCCAGGGUCACCACCACACAAGGAACUGGCUCAAAGGGUCACACAUUAGGAAGGUUGAGAACCACCGCUCUAAGCCGUGCUAGCCUGACUGGGGUGGAGGUCCUGGCUAAGGCCAGCAGGAGAAAUCUGCAGGUUUCUCCCAAGCAAAAGUCUUAUGUUAGGCAUCAAAUCUCUAUACUUUUUUUUAAUGGAAGAGAAUUUAUUUCUUUGAGGGGAUCAAAAUUUAAAACUUCAACCCAAAACUACAUUACCAAAAACCCCUGUCAUUCUUCACCCCAUGGGUUAUUUGUAACCUGGUCUCAUGCUAACUGUGCCCCCACCUGCUGAAAGCUGGGUGUUUAUGAAAUGCAGAAGUUAUGGAAGGAUAAAGUUGAGUCCCAGCAGCAGACCCUGUGUAUCAUGUCUGCAUUCAGGUGCUCAGUCUAGGCAAGUUAAAUUCUGACUGGACAGGAAACCGUUUGCAAAGAAUGGAGUGGGUGAAUUUUUCUUUUUUGAUACAAAAUUUUAUUUGGAGAACUAAGGGAUUUUUAAGAAGAUCAUAAGCAAAAUGACUUGGUCAGAAUGUCAAUUAUAAAUCCCUAGUGUUGACAGCAUGAACCACUGGAAGCAAGCCUCACACGCGGCAAGCUGCAGUUAGCUACGAGUGCAGCGUGCAGUCUGCCUUCCUCGUAGUCUCCCCUCCUCAGCGGCCGUUUCCUCCGUUUCCCAGGCUAUAGUCAGUGGGCUCCCCAGAUUACUCAGUGACCAAAUGGAAAGGGACAGUGUGAAAGUGAGCGAGGCUCCCUAACUGUAAAGUGUGGAAUGUCACAGGCAGGAUUCUGGCAGCAGAAGCAGGACAAUCAGGAGUUAAAGGCAAACCCGAGCUAUGCAGGGACACCCUGUCUCAAAAUCAAAAAUAAUGAAGAAAGAGUGUAGGCUCAGAAGGCAAACUUCUUAUCUAGUUAAUUUUGUAUUUAUUUAUUUCAGAUGUAUUUAUCUGGUAAACGUAUCUUUUCUUUCCGAUCAGUGAGAUGAUGGUACUGGUGUUAUCUCCAUCCUCUCCGCUGCUGUGUGGUAGAUUGUCUCACACUGUAGCAAAUGGAAAUGUGCUUGAAAAUGUGCUUUCCUUCUAAGCGAUCAUGGCCACUUGGUAUCUAAAUACUUCAAACGUAACCAUGUCUCCACUGUGCACUGUGAAUGGACUUUGUAUUAUUUUUAAACCUUACACUCGAUGUAAAUGUUACUAUAACUUAUAUCUGCCUGUGCUUGAUCUAAGGUCAUUUGUGUAGAUGGGUAAUUAAAGGAUACUGAAGUGACAUCAGAA